AUGUCCUAUUUCCGCAUCACCCUAAUCCGGUCAGCCAUCGGCCUCCCUGCAAAAUCCGGCAAUGUCCUCAAAGCUCUCGGUCUGCGCAAGCGUAUGGCAACCGUUUUCCAUCCUGUGACCCCCUCGGUGGCAGGCCAAAUCAUGAAAGUGAAGGAGCUGGUUGCUGUCUCAGAGGUGGACAAGCCAUUGACGAAAGAAGAGGUGCAUCGAGAGAGAGUCCCCGAUGCAGGUUUCUACGUCGAAACAAGAGCGGAAGAUUUGAGGAAGAAGCAGACACCUUGA